GAUCGAGUGCAUGAGUGUGUGUGGUGGUGGUGUGUGAUUUUUUUUUUUCCUCCUCCUCUUCUUCCUCUUCUUCCUCCGGUGAAGGAGAGUGAUGGAAGAGCUCACCGCUUUCGUUUCGAAGUCCUUCGAUCACAAAGUGAAGGAGAAGAAGGAAGUGAUCACCUACCGGGAGGUUUUAGAGACCGGCUCGACGCGAGCGCCGGGCAGGGAGCCUUUAUCCGCGGAGCCCGGCAGCCGAGAGGAGGCAGCCGCCGUCACCCGGAACGUCGCGCUCUCGCCGGGCAGGGACACGGACAUGCUCGGCCCGGAGAGGAUUAGGGACGCCGGGAGCCCCAAACUCAUUGACGGCACCACGGACGUGAAGGAGAGGAAGGAGGACUCGAAGCCCAUCGAGGACGAGGCACAGACUAAAAUCAAACAGAGGAGAAGUCGGACUAACUUCACGCUAGAGCAGCUCAACGAGCUGGAGCGACUCUUCGACGAGACCCACUACCCGGACGCCUUCAUGCGGGAGGAGCUGAGCCAGCGACUGGGACUGUCGGAGGCCCGAGUACAGGUUUGGUUCCAGAACAGAAGAGCCAAAUGCAGAAAGCAGGAGAAUCAGCUACAUAAAGGAGUGCUGAUUGGAGCAGCGAGUCAGUUCGAAGCUUGUCGUGUAGCGCCAUAUGUCAACGUGGGGGCUUUACGGAUGCCAUUCCAACAGGAUAGUCAUUGCAACGUGCCGCCCUUCUCCUUUCAGGUGCAGGCGCAGCUGCAGCUGGACAGCGCCGUGGCCCACGCGCAGCACCACCUGCACUCUCACCUGGCGGCGCACGCGCCCUACAUGAUGUUCCCCGCGCCGCCGUUCGGCCUGCCACUGGCGACGCUGGCGGCCGAGUCCGCGUCCGCCGCGUCGGUCGUGGCCGCCGCCGCCGCCGCCAAGAACACCAGCAAGAACUCGAGCAUCGCGGACCUGCGGCUGAAGGCCAAGAAGCACGCGGCCGCGCUGGGACUGUGA